AUGAUCUUGGACCCGUUCCUGUACCUCACUGCGGGGUUUUGGGUGGCCGUUCUGCCCAGACCCGUUCCAGCAGCGGGCGGCUCUGUGCCUCGAGCGCGGGCACUGUGCGUGCACUGCGGGGUCACUGUGGGGUUUUGGGGGUUUUGGGAUGUUCCAGGAAGAUUUUGGGGUGCCCUGGGCAGUUUUGGGGUGCCCCCAGAACCCCCUUUUCCCCCGCAGUGGCCGUUCUGCCCAGACCCAUUCCAGCAGCGGGCGGCUCUGUGCCUCGAGCGCGGGCACUCGGUGCUGGUGGCCGCUCACACCUCGGCCGGCAAGACGGCGGUGGCCGAGUACGCCAUCGCGCUGGCCCGGCGCCACAUGACCCGGUCCAUCUACACGUCCCCCAUCAAGGCCCUGUCCAACCAGAAGUUCCGGGAUUUUCGGGAGACCUUCGGCGACGUGGGGCUGCUGACGGGGGACGUGCAGCUGCGCCCCGAGGCCGCCUGCCUGGUCAUGACCACCGAGAUCCUGCGCUCGAUGCUGUACAACGGCUCCGACGUCAUCCGCGACCUGGAGUGGGUGAUCUUCGACGAGGUGCACUACGUCAACGACGACGAGCGGGGCGUGGUGUGGGAGGAGGUGCUGAUCCUGCUGCCCGAGCACGUCAAGCUGGUGCGGGGGGGCGCCACCGUCCCCAACGCCCUCGAGUUCGCCCAGUGGGUCGGGUACUACGCGGCCGUGGAGGCCAAGAAGGAGCAGAGCAGCAAACACGCGCAGAGCUUCGGGGCGCGGCAGCCCACCAUGGGCGGCCCCAACCCCGGCCAGGAGCGGGGGGUCUGGCUGUCGCUGCUGGAGACCCUCCGGGAGCGGGAGCUGCUGCCCGCCGUCGCCUUCACCUUCUCGCGGGGCCGCUGCGAGGAGCAGGCGGCGGCGCUGGGCUCGCUGGAGCUGCUGGGCGGCCCCGAGCGCGCCCAGGUGCGGCAGUUCCUGACGCGCUGCCUGGCCCGGCUGCGCGGCUCCGACCGCCGCCUGCCCCAGGUGGGGAGCCCUGCGGCGUUCUGGGGGGAAAAGAGGCGGUUUUGGGACCUGGAGGUGGGCGUCAGUGAAGGUGNCUCCGACCGCCGCCUGCCCCAGGUGGGGAGCCCUGCGGCGUUCUGGGGGGAAAAGAGGCGGUUUUGGGACCUGGAGGUGGGCGUCAGUGAAGUCUUCGACUCCAUCCGCAAACACGACGGGAACAGCUUCAGGGACCUCCUGCCGGGCGAGUACACGCAGAUGUCGGGGCGCGCGGGGCGCCGCGGGCUGGACGCCACCGGCACCGUCAUCAUCCUCUGCAAGGGGCCGGUGCCCGAGCUGGCUGACCUGCACCGCAUGAUGCUGGGCCGCCCAUCGCCGCUGCAGUCGCGGUUCCGCCUGACGUACCCCAUGAUCCUGCUGCUGCUGCGCGCCCCCGCCCUGCGCCCCCACGACCUGAUGCGCCGCAGCUUCGCCGAGUUCCCGCUGCGGCGCGACGCCACCGUGAGCCUGGCUAUUUCGGGGUGUCCCCCUCCUCCCUGA